CGGUGUGUGCGAAUAAGCGCUGCUGAAAUAAAUGUCAUGCAAAUUCUGGAAAGGCAUAUCGUGUGGUGUUCGGUGGAAUCAGGUUAUUUUUUCGUUAUUAAUAAAUAUCGUUGUUGAAAUUUUUGUAGGGUGUACCGUAAGAACUUAUGUGCGUUUCUCCUUAUGUACAUAUGUUGCAGUGGACAGGCAUAUGUACGUAUAUUAAUAAGCAUGCAUCAGGAUUAUAAGUGUGUAUGUAUGGACGUAUGGAUAUGUGUGUUUGCGGGAACUUGGAAAUAUAUGUGCUUAAAUUGUCCUUUUUAUAUUUGGAAAUUAUAAAUAAUAUGGACUGUAUGUAAAUGUCGCUUUCGAAAUGUUUGUAGGGUGUACAGCGAAAGAAGGUACGUGGAUUACCGUGCUUACGUUGCCUUACGUUACGCUACGUGACUUUUUCCCUUAUGUACAUAUGUUGAGAUGGCGUACAUUAAUAAGCAUGCAUCAGGGUUAUAUGUGUGUAUGUAUGGGCGUAUGAUUUGUGUGUUUGUGGGAACUCGGAAAUAUAUGUGUGUAAAUUGUAAUUUAAAUUUGUAAUUUGUAAUAAUUUUGGAAUUUGGAAAAAAUGUGGACUGUAUUGUAAAUGUCUCUGUAGAAAUGUUCACAGGGUGCAACGCGAAUGGAAAUACAAAUUUGUUUCAACAUAUUGAACCCUGAGAAAGAAGCAAUUUUAUCUAGUAAAUGGGACACAUUUAAGGAAAAGGUUUUUUGCUUUUACGAAGAGCAAAUACAAAACGAAGAGCAACUCAAACUAUUAAAGACGGUUCAGAAAACUGUAUCACUUGAUUGCAAGGACUACAUUUACACUGUAUUGCUCACAAAGGAACGAACAAGCGAAAGAAAUUAUCACUACUGGGACUCGCAGGAAAGUUUUGUACGCACAUGCAGGCGUACGAAUGUGGCAGAUCACAAAAAUCUGUGAUUAUAAAAAACAUUAAAGACUUUACUAGCUGCCCUAAGCAUAUGUAUCAUAUAAAUUCUAAGAGUUACGUUAAGUACAAAUGUAUUUAAAACAAAAAUAAUGAUAACGUGUUAGCAUGGUAA